AUGAUGACAUGUAUGGAUGAAAAAGGCUUCUUUACUAAUUUUUGUGACUCGAAUGAAGCUGAAUAUCAUCAAAUUCAAAAUGAUGGAUUUUGUAUUGAAGAGAAAAAGUUAGCAACUGUUGGUAAACGAGCAAAAAAAACGCCAUCAUGGUCAGAUUUCCAUUUUCCACCUCCACCUUCAGAUAUGUGCGGUGUGAAUGAGUCCACAAUGAAACCAUUACUGAUACCACAAAUAGUUACAUCAUCCAAUAUCAGUAACAAUAGACCACCCCUACGUGAUUAUCAAACGUGUCACAGAAGUCAUGUUAAUAAUCCGGUACAAUACCGAAUCGACAACGAUGAUAAUCUUCAUUACGCUACCUCGUCUGUAAGAAUUUCUAAUAGUAAACAUAGGAGAAGAUUAAACCGAGUAAAUAAUGAUCAAGUUGUAUUAGGAUCAGAAUUAGGUCGUGGCAGAAGUGUGCUUGAAGAUGAAGCAAAAAUUUUGUCAAAAACUGACCAUGAAAAUAUUAUAAAGCUCUAUGGUGUCGGUGACGAUUUGACGAUUUACUUAGAAUUGGCUUUAUAUGGAGAUGUACGACAGUACUUAGCUCAUAAUUCUGAUGUUAGUUACUUAAAUAUGUUGAAAUUAGCGGUCGAAGUAGCUUCGGGAAUGAAAUAUUUGGAGCAAAAAGGAGUAGUUCAUGGGCAUCUGUCUCCUCAGUGUAUUUUGAUUAGUCAUAAUGCAGAAGUCAAGAUAGGGUCACCACGAGGUCAUCUUCAUCAUGCUCAACUACGUUAUAGCGCUCCAGAAUCAAUCAUUGCUAAUGAAUGGAGUAACAAAAGUGAUGUUUGGUCGUUUGCAGUGACAACCUGGGAAAUUUUUAAUUACUGCACUGUAAUACCAUUUGCUGAAUUGACAAAUGCUCAAUUACUCGAAAAUGCUCGGCAUAUUUAUGAUGGAUAUGAAGGGAUAUAUUUGAAUCUACCUGUAAGCAUUCCACAGCAAGUAAAAAGUCUUCUCAGUGAUUGCUGGCAAAGAAAAGCAACAGAUCGUCCAACAUUCCUUGAAAUUCAUUGUAUUUUAUCAAUGAGGAAUUCUGGUUUACCUAUUAUUUGUCAAAAUGGUAAUGGAACUAUUUUACGCUCUGUUGCCAUUUAA